UAAACAGGUUUCAAUAGGAACAGUUAUGGUCACAUUAGUUCACAUUAACGAACAUAACAAUAUAGUCUCAAGGGUUUCUUUAUAAUCCUCCCCUAACCUCCACCACGACUCCAUUAAGGGUUAAACUUAUAUUUAGCGGACGAGUAAUGUACGUUGUCCACAAAACCAACUUUAAUUUGGAGAAAAGUGACCGUGUUUAAGUUACCGGGAUUCUUUGGUCAUCGCUCUGAUGUGGAACAAAAAACGGGAAUUCCACUGGCGAGCAUGAUAUAAACGCGUACCCAUGUCUACAAGAGACAAGUCUUCGUCAGUGAAGUGUAGACGUAAAACACCAAACAACCAACCAACCAACCUACAGGGAUCACACAGAAAGAAGCAGGCAUGGAGACUGGACGUGUUUUAUGGCUGGUCAUCGCUACCAUUAUGAUACUAGGCUUUUCACAGGCCAGAUACAUCAAACAGCGGGAAUUCCACUGGCGAGCAUGAUAUAAACGCGUACCCAUGUCUACAAGAGACAAGACUUCGUUAGUGAAGUGUAGACGUAAAACACCUCAACCAACCAACCAACCUACAGGGAACACAGAAAGAAGCAGGCAUGGAGACUGGACAUAUUUUAUGGCUGGGCAUCGCUACCAUUAUGAUACUAGGCUUUUCACAGGCCAGAUACAUAGUCAAUGAGGCAGCAGUGUCAGGCGAAACUUACAAACUAGAAAUCAACAAACGAAAAGUAGAAGAUGACGCAUCCAUAAUGACGACAUACGACCAAAUAUUUGAAGGCAUUUUAGAGAAUGAUGUAACGAUGACAGACGAAGAUUACAUACCAGUAGUCAACGAGCAAUCAGUAAAGGAUGUACAUGAGGCAGCGACUACAACCGACGGGGUCCUCCGCUCACCGAAAACCCUGAAAACCAUGAGAGUCCCAAGCUUGGUGAACCGUAGCCAUAACCAAGAAAGUCCAAAUGCGGACGAAGAAACGGCAAGAAAAGACAGGUGGAAUAUUCCAAGGAGAAAGACAGGACACCAUAUCGUAAAGAGAGACCCUCCCCAGUGGAUGACACUGCUGUAUGGUUAGUCAUAAAGUCACACACCAUAUCAUGAUCAUUAGAAUCAACUUAGUCCUAGUGAUCCUGCUUAGGGUUCAGCGGGAUGCAACUUCAGAUGAGCAAGGCAUUGCCAACCGGAGUCUCCAUAUGAGAAACAUUUGCGAAAUGCAAAUCCGAACUCUCCCGUCGUUCACAACCUGAGUUACAGUAUCGGAGAAAUGCGUAAUGCAACUCCAGAUGAUCCAGGCAUUUACAACCGAGUUACCAUAUCGGAAAGUUUUACGGAAUGCAAAUCCGAACUCUCCCGUCGUUCACAACCUGAGUUACAGCAUCGGAAAAAUGUGUAAUGCAACUCAAGAUGGUGCAGACAUUUACAACCGGAGUUACCAUAUUGGAGUAUCCGACUUACCCGGGGUUCACAACCGGAGUAAAGACAGUAGAAACAGAGCUGUCUUCUGGUGGGGACGGAUAGGAGUCACUCCAAGUCAGGUUUAUUCCAGUUUUCUGGUAGUCUUGAUCCCGAGUCGUUGAGAUACUAUAUUUGUAUCAAACUAAUGUGGAAAGCAACUUCGGUUUUCUCCACAACCAGAAUUAGGGAGAAAACAACUGAAAUACGUUCACGUAUCAUUCAGAGGCUAGCGGGAACGAAACGAGCCUGUUUUCUGCAACCCGCCGUCACAUCUCCGAAUCCGGUAGGAAGCGAAAAGGUAUGGAGGUACUUUUCCCAUUUCUCUAAAUGGUCACGUGUUCCAGAGUGAAGCAAGUUACGAGGAACGUUUAUUUCCGACUCAAGUUCUAGUUCUUGAAAAUCAUCGUUACUUUAAACUGUGCAGUCCAUCAGUGUAUAUCCAGACAAUGCUCACAAAAUGGUUUAUUUUGUCUGAUUAUGACAACGCACGUCCAAUAGUGUGUGACAGAUCGCUGGUAUGGACAUUGAUGUUAGACUCGUUUAUGUUGUUUGAUCUUAGUAACGUAUUUCUAUUACUGUGCAAACGGUCAAUGGAAAUAUAAAAAGGUGUGUUUUAAUCAAAAUAACACAAUAAAUACGUUGCUUCCAUUGUACUUGAUGUAGCGUGUCAUUACUUUUGUACAUUUCAACACUCAACAUGUUCAUUAUCCAGGUCCAAUGAGCUGGUAUCUUUCAUUUCCUCAUAAUAAACCUGUUUCAUACUAA